UCUCUCUUUUCCUAGAUUAAUAUUGUUUUCUCAGAACAGAUAUGUAACCAAUGCGUUCAUUUAAUUUAAAUACAUUUACUUAUUGCAAUCUGUGAAUGAAAAGUGAGCUUCGAUCCAGAUAUAUCUUCUCAAAGUACUUUUUGGUCACUCGCUCCUCUAUAUUGCAGUCUCUAUCGGUGCAAAAGAAUUGAACGAGAAUGAACCAAGACACGCAAAAGUUAACUCUCGAGUUAUUUCCCUUGACCCCUAACGUUGUAAUGAACGUGGCUCCUAUUUCAGACAAGAUAGACCUUGCUCGGAUGAGGCUUCUCUCGAAAGAAGAACGAGAAGAGGAGCAGCAGUACGGUGUCUCAACAGAACUAAAUCUCUUCACUGAUCCAUGGACCAUCAAGAAGGAACUGACCAUAACUGAUAUUAGCUACUUAAACCAUCUUCUUCUAAACACCAGUACCACACAUCACCACAUACUGAGAUAUCUCCCUGAGUGUGACCGGAAGAUAGUCCAAGAAGGCUGGGCAUUUGCCGUUGACGUGUAUGAUCACGAUACUGAUUCUACGCACCAGAUGCUACUAAGGAAACGGACCAAGUGUCUUUACUAUGUUCUCACUGGUGGAUGGUUCGUGGAUUUUGUCUGCAGGAGGGCUUUGAAGAUUGAAGAUGAGAUUGGAAUGUUUUGGGAUCGUUUUGACUCAACGCUUCAUUUCAGCGUGCUGUCUCGUGAACCAGUGGACACUCUUCUUGCAGAUCAUCUCAGGCAUCAAUAGAACCUACCCAGUGGACACUCUACU